ACAGACUGUGAUUUCCUCCCCAGGGUUUUCUCACGUCUCUCUUGAAAAACUGGUUUCACUUGUUUUCCCGGAGAUUAGCUUCAGAGCCUUUUCUGAAGAAGCCAGUUCAGAGGUGAAGCAAGAAGCCUACAGUUUUGUCUUCAUUUUACUGUGCUGCUCUAGAGAAGGCAGAUACUCCUGACACAGUGGAUCUGACAAUGAAUCGUUUUGGACCAGAACAAGCUGAGAGGAUCACGUUGAACAUCCUGGAGCGGAAUGGACGGAACACUUUAGCUGAGCAGCUGAAAGACAAACUCAAGCAAGUCACAUUCAUCAACUUUGUUCUCUGGACCAGGAACAACUUCCUACAAUUUCCCUAUCCACUCACUCUGGAUCAAAACACAGCACAUAAAAACCUCAGUCUGUCUGAGAACAACAACAUGAUUACUUGCACUGACACAGAGCAGCUGUAUCCUGAUCAUCCGGACAGAUUUGAUGUGCGUCCUCAGGUGUUGUGUAAUGAGAGUGUGAGUGGAUGUUGUUACUGGGAGAUUGACUGGUGUGGAGAUAGAGGUGUGUGUAUAUCAGUCUCGUAUAAGAGCAUCAGCAGGAAGAGAUCGGGUGAUGAGUGUGUGUUUGGAUAUAAUGAUCAGUCCUGGAGUUUGUACUGCUCUUCCUCCAGAAACUCAUUCAGACACAAAAAGAUACGGACUGAACUCCCUGUAGACUCCGUCAGCAGUAGAAUAGGAGUGUAUGUGGAUCACAGUGCAGGAACUCUGUCCUUCUACAGUGUCUCUAGAAACACAAUGAGACUCAUUCACACAGUCCAGACCACAUUCACUCAGCCGCUCUAUCCUGGGUUUACAAUUUUUAAAAGAUCAUCAGUGUACCUGUUGAUCAAUCAGAAUAGACUGUAGAGAGAGUCCACCCAUAAUACUUUGAGCUGCAUGAUAAACCAGUAACCGUGAGAUGUUAUUGAGUCUCUUUCUUCUGUCACUGAACAUUUUAGAAUAAAUCUGUUUAAUAAAUCCUCAUAUAUCCCAUACGGAAUUGUAAUAUGCAUAUAUGAAAUAUCAAUAUAUGCAAUAUAUGCUAAAAUAAAGUAAAAACAUAUAUGAAACCUAUUAGAAAUUGGAACAAUUCCAUAUACUGAAAUAAAUGUAUCCCAUAUAUUGUAUAUGUUUAUUUUGACAUAUGUCUUAUAUAUGAAAUGUCCUAAUAUGCUCAUAUAGAUAAAAAAAACAACAGCUAUAUAGCCUAUUAGAAAAUGGAACAAUUCCAUACAUUGACAUAUAACUUUGUCACAUAUAUUUUGUAUGUUAAUAUAUUUAUAAUAUAUAUUUUGACACGUCUCAUAUAAAAUUAUUAAUACAACUUCUCUUUGUAUGUGUAAUAUAUCAGUGACAUGUCAGUGACGUGUAAUUUGUAUGUCAUGGAGUCUUAGUAUGGAUUUUACAUACAAAACAAAUUAAAUGUAAAAUGUGUUUUUGAUAAUUAUGUGAUAUAUAAAAAAAACCUGGCUUGCAGAUAUAUUUUUAAUGUUACUUAUUGUCAGGUUAAACAAGGGAUGAAGUAGGACUCAAGGAUGCAGAGGUUAAUCUGCUUUUUAUCGGACUUCAAAAAUAAAUAAACAAAAACCACCCCCAAAACAGUCCAAGCAGUGGCAGGACUGCAGCUCACAGAGUAUGACACAAGAACACACAGCCAAUGAGAACUCUCAAAGACUGCAUGCAUAACAUGACAAAAGCAUGCAGUCGAUGAAAAACAACAUGCAGAAUUUAUACAACAUGAAAGCAUGCAGGUGCUGAUGAAUGUAGCAGCCCGGUUGAAAUAAAGAAACUGGCUGUUGCAUUGA